GGCAGCGGGUCUCGAACGGGGAGAGAGAGAUCGAAGUGGUGGGGGGUGAGCGGGCCAGCAGGCAGGCAGUAGGCAGCUCGACGAGUUCCGGCCUCGUGUGUGUGUGGAGAGACAAAGAGAGAAAGAGACAGCGCGAGUGGGGGGAAGAAAAAGAGCGAGAACAAGAGUCGCGAGCGUAGAGGGGAGAGCGACGACAAAACGGAGAGAAACUGAGCGUUCCCGAUUGCGGGAGAAAGAGCGAGCGAGAGAGAAAGAAAGCAAAUCUACGCUACGGUGACGAAGGAGAAGGGGGCAGAGGGGUCCCGGGAUCGCGGUACGCUAGCGCUCUCAGUCCCCAACGCCACGAGAGCGAGCGGAGAAGAGAAAGAGCCCAAAAGAGCAAGCUUUGCCGUAACGGCUGUACUUCGAGAGACGUAUACAGGAACAUACGAGAGAGCGGCUAGACAAGCGCCCCUGUGUCGUGCGUGUGUCGCGUUGUUAAUCGCGUCACAAACAAUAUACGAAUAUUACAUUUUUUUUCACGAUAAACCUUACGAAUAAAUAACCAAAAAUAAACGGUUUUUAACGUCACGUAUUUAUGUUUAUACAUAUUUAUAUGCGUAUCGAUACACACGCGUGUAUCCAUGUAUACUAGACUCGGUGUUAAACGAUUCGUGCGUAAAAAAAAACUCUAACGGAGAGUAACAGGUGUUCGUAUACGAGGAAAAGGUUAGCGAGGGAUCAACGACACGGGAAACAUCGCAACGUGUACACAAUCGUUCAUUCAGCCACGCGGAUAGACAAAGAGAAGUAAUAGACCAAGAGAGAGAGGGAAAGAGACGCGUGUUGGCUACGAUUGACAUUGCGAGUAUGCAAACGAAGCUGUACGAAAUCGAACCGGUGUGUUUAUGCGUGAAAAACCAAGUCAACAAUUGGGCUGUCUCCUGCACGUGUAGCGAAGUAUUCUCCUGAGAGUGCCAACGGAAUUUUUGAAAACCGCCGAUUCGUCGGAAGAGCAUAUGAUUUGUGCAACAUACGAGUACCGAAAUUGAGGACAACAAAGUGUUUAGAUAAAACUAUAACUACCCGGGAAUAAAGAUAAUAAAGUGAGUGUGUGCUCCCGGUUCGCGCGAGCUCGACAAAACGAUCGGAACAGUGGCGCGCGGUUUCUCCUGACGGUUGGAGCGUCUGCGCGGGUGCAUUGUUUUUUGACCUGCGCUUGCGCCAUCCCUAACGAAAGUUGAAAUACCCUUCGAAAGGAUCGCGUGUUGUUAAUCGACUCGAAAUAAACGAAAAACGAUUUCUUGACUGUUCAUAUUUCACAGUGAAUAUUCGAGAGGAGAAAAAUACAUUUAUCGAAAAUCAAAGAAGAAUAAGCUGCAGCCAUGUUUGACGUAUUCGGUUCGGUGAAGGGGCUGCUCAAGCUCGACGCUGUGUGCAUAGACAACAAUGUUUUUCGAUUGCAUUACAAGGCAACGGUCGUAUUGCUAAUAGCAUUCUCGUUGUUAGUCACAUCUCGACAAUAUAUCGGGGAUCCGAUCGAUUGUAUAGUCGAUGAAAUUCCAUUAAACGUUAUGGAUACUUACUGCUGGAUAUACUCGACUUUCACGAUUCCGGAUCGCGUCGGUGUGAUCGGUCGCGAUCUCGUGCAGCCCGGUGUAGCGGCUCACAUCGAGGGUGAGGACGAAGUAAAGUAUCACAAGUAUUAUCAGUGGGUAUGUUUCACCCUGUUCUUCCAAGCUAUUCUUUUCUACGUGCCGCGUUAUUUGUGGAAAACAUGGGAAGGAGGCAGAAUUAAAAUGCUCGUGCUCGACCUGAAUUGUCCCGUGGUGAGCGACAGUUGCAAAUCGGAUCGUCGUAAAUUGCUCGUCGAAUACUUCUGCACGAAUUUGCAUACGCAAAAUUUCUACGCUUUUCGAUUCUUCUUUUGCGAAGUAUUGAACUUCAUAAACGUAGUAGGACAAAUAUAUUUCAUGGACUUCUUCCUUGACGGCGAGUUCACGACGUACGGCGCGGACGUCGUCAAGUUCACGGAGAUGGAACCGGAGGAUCGUAUCGACCCGAUGUCGAAAGUAUUCCCGAAAGUGACCAAAUGUACUUUCCACAAAUAUGGUGCCUCCGGCACGGUGCAAAAGUUCGACGGUCUCUGUGUCUUGCCACUGAACAUCGUGAACGAGAAAAUUUACGUGUUCCUCUGGUUCUGGUUCAUCAUCCUCGCGAUCUUGAGCGGUCUCAGUCUCGCUUACAGAGCCGCUGUCGUCGCUGGCUCGAAGCUUCGUCUCGUUUUGCUCAGAGCACGAUCGCGUAUUUCCUCGCCGAAGGACAUCGAUAUUAUCGCCGAUAAGUGCCAAAUCGGCGACUGGUUCGUUCUCUAUCAACUUGGAAAGAACAUCGAUCCCCUCAUUUACAAACAAUUGGUCGCUGAUCUGGCAAUAUCGUUCGCCGGCAAGCAGCAGACCGCAUAGGCGAAUCCUCGCGACCAUCUUCCACAUCAUCAUCACCAUCACCGACCCGGGACUCUCUCUCUCGAGAAAUCAGCGAUUCCUCGUUUUCGCUCAAAAUUAACACGACGAAUGAACCAAUCGACACCGUUUUUUUUCUUCAUCUUACAUGUCAAUGUAUGUAUACAAAUCGAUCGUACAAAUUUCGUACGAAAACAUUUUUUCGGCGGGGUGUAGACGCGAGGCACCCCUCGCGCGGUCACGUGACGACGAACAUCGAUCGAAGCGCUCGGCACUCGAUAUUCCGAGCCGCCAUUUUUCUCAUUGUUUACUUUUUCGCGCCUUUCUCAUAUUUCGGCCAUUCUUUACCCCCUCCUCCGGGCCUCUUUAUUUCACUUAUAUUUUCCCUUAAAUUCAAACCUCAACAAUUUGCUUACGAUUCGUGUAUAUGAGUAGACAUAUACGACCCGAUGGAUUCGAAGUUUGUACCGAUGGGCUGCGAGAAAUGACGUUUUUUGCGGACAUUCCGGGCUGUCGAACCUCGGGGAAGUGAGAGGUUAGGAUUCGAAAGUUUGAAUCCGAAAAAAACGAACUUCGGGUAACGCGAGGAAACAAUGGAGGCAUAUCGCCAUCGAGAGCAAACUCCAACAUCGCUGUAUAAGUAUAUUAUAUUUAUAAAUAUAUUUAUAUAACUAGAAAUUGCCAGGAAAUUAGAUCGAAAAAUAAAUUUGAAGCAUCGGGCGAGCGUUUCAGCCCCGCGAAUAAAUAACCUUUAAAUAGCGGACAAGCACAGACUCCAGCAACGUCCAAGUGUCGUAGGGGUAGAAAGUCGUCGAUGAAAAAUCGCGAAUAUAUUCCGCUAACGGUUCAACUCUUUUACGACGAUAAAUUUCGUUAUUUAGGCACAAUUUUAGGAUAUUAAACGUCUUAAAAUCGGAUGUCGAUGUGUUCGAGAAUCAAAUAGAAUUUCAAUAUUUUAAGUUCACGAAACUGCCAUUACACCGAAUAAAGAAAACACACACACACACACACGAACAAUCUUUGAUUGAUAAAACGGAAUAUUAACAUGUAUAUUAGUCGAUUUACAUGGAUAUGUGUGUAAAUUGAUUGCGGAACGUGAGAGAGUGGAGGCUUCGUAGAUUCUAAUUUUGUGAUAAGCGGUGGACGGCGUAUGGGCUAAAUGACCAGCGUUCUCGUCGCUCUCCCCCCUCUUUUUUCUUCUCUUAUUCUCGCUCUUAGCGCAUAAUCUUCCUCUGAGCUACUUUUGAUCUCCGAUUCUUCGUAUAUUUCAUUUUAUAUUCUACCUACUAUUUUUCCUCUCUCUUUUUUUUUUUUUAUUAUCGUCGCGUACCUCAGCCGGAGUCUGUGUGUGAACAAAAGUGUGAGCGUGUGUGUGAUACGAGAUUCGAGCCAGCAGGUACGAAAUCCGGUUGCUCGGGGCGCCAUUUCGGCUCGUAAAUUCUUGCAAAUAGUUACUGCCACAUUUUCCUCUGCCAAUUUAAUCGACUAUUCGCAAAAAGGGAGGAGGAGAGACGACUUCUUCUCGCGGGAAACAACAGACGAGAGCGAGAGCGACGAGACUUUAUUUAAAUAUGCAUACAUAAAUAUGAAUAUAUUUAUAUCUUUAUACAUAUCUUCAAAUAAUUGCGUAUUUUUUAGCUGCAGCAAAUAAGUGAGCUGAAAAAUGUCGAGGACGGCGCUCGGGUGUAGCGAAUAUUUCAAAUAUUGAGAUUUCUGCGCUAUUCUCCAGUCGAUUAUUUCGAUUUUUCAAUGUAUAAAUAUAAAUAUAUUUAUUCGUAUAUGUAUAGGUUUCGAUGGACACGCAGAUACGCCGUCUUCCCACAAGUAGUCUUACUUCUCAUAAACCCACGUUAUUUCGCCAAUUUCUUCAUCUCUUCUCCUAUUCUGUCUGAAUAACGAUGCGAGAGGAUAAAAGGCACUCCGAUUAUAUUCUCUGGCCUCGUUAGUUUGUAAGAAAUAAACAGAAACGAAAUGAUACAGAAAGAUUUAUAUAUUAUUAUAUACUAUAAUUAUUAGAUAGAAAUGUGUAGAUAUUACAUAUCCGUUAGUUUUCGAAUGAGAACGAAAGAAAUUCGAACGAAGACACAAUACGUCCAUUCCACGCUCUCCGAGCGCCACCUUCGAGUCGUCGGACAUUAAAAUCACACUUUCCUUCCCUCUCCCCUCCGUUAAUAUUUUCCGACUCUAACGCGUUGCCCCGAUUGACACGACGGAGAAGACACAAUUGUAUGAACGAAAAAUACGAAUUAGAGCAAUAGAUAAUAAACGAAUCGCGGAGCAAUUUCGAGGAGCUGCGACACCCCUUUUUUCAAUUCUCAUAAGUUUUUUCUAUCGAGGACGGUAGACAAAGUGCAUUUUUUUCUUUGGUUUUCUUUUUAAUCCUCUUACGAAUGUAUUAUCGCCUCGUAGUUUGUAAAGCGUGAAAAUCAGCGUGUGCGUUCACGAUCGUUUAGAGCCCUCGAGGGUACGAGCUUUUUCUUCGAGCCGACACGAUAUUUUCGUACGUAUUUUUGCCAACCUAGGUCUUAUACUUACUGCAAAUCUUUACCUUAUAAGAAACAAACAUAGAGAAAAGACAAUAAAUAAUGUUUAUGACUAAUUA